AUGCAAGACUCUGCACUUGCCCCUUUGCCGAAUUCCAUCGCGUUUCUCCCCGCCCACCUCUCCGGAUGGCAGCACAGCCCUCUGACACGGCCCCUGCUCAACCCGGGGCGAGCCCCUCGGGCCUCCCGUCACCGCAGCUCCAGCCCGGCCCCGCUGCCCCCCGCAGCGGGAACGGCCCCAGGACCCCUCCGGGAACCUGCCGAGCUCCCGGGCAGCCAAGGGAGGCGGGAGGAGGCCGGUUUCUCCAGCCCCCAGACCGACAUCCGGCAGCAGGCGCUGCCGGCCCAUCGGAUACGACGGAGCGGGAGGAGCUGCCGCGCCGGGGAGCGGCCCCGCCGGCGGGAGGGUCCUCCCCGCUGCCCCCCCGAGCCCUCCCGGGACCCCGUCCCCUCCUACCGCCCGCAGCAGCAGCUCCCGCCUCCUCUCCCCCCGGGCGCUGCGGGAACUUGGGGUGCCGGGAGAAACGGGGAGGAAGGGACCGCCCCGGGACCGCCCAGUACCGCCCCGCGACAGCCCCAGUACCGCCCCAGCCCCAGUACCGCCCAGUACCGCCCCGCGACAGCCCCAGUACCGCCCCGCGACAGCCCCAGUACCGCCCCGCGACAGCCCCGCGACAGCCCCAGUACCGCCCAGUACCGCCCCGCGACAGCCCCAGUACCGCCCAGUACCGCCCCGCGACAGCCCCAGUACCGCCCAGUACCGCCCCGCGACAGCCCCAGUACCGCCCCGGGACAGCCCCGGGACAGCCCCGGUACCGCCCAGUACCGCCCCAGCCCCAGUACCGCCCCGGGACAGCCCCGGGACAGCCCCAGUACCGCCCAGUACCGCCCCGGGACAGCCCCAGUACCAGUACCGCCCAGUACCGCCCCGGGACAGCCCCAGUACCGCCCCAGUACAGACCCAGACAAGACCAGUGGCAAAUCACACCCACAGAAACCCGGCACCAACCUUCAGAGCCCGGAGGGUUGGUAUUUUAAGGACCAGGGCUUGUGA